CUCUCUCUCUCUCUCUCUCUCUCUCUCCUGUGCCUGGUUACUUGCUUUAGAAUGAGUGGUGAAUGAAGGGUAGAGCGUGAGAGAAAAAGAGAGAGGGAGAGAACCUUUACGCUGAGUGCGAGAGGGCGUGUGUGCAGGAGGGUGAGCGCGUACGUGAGUGAGCGAGCAAGAGAGAGAGCGAGAGAGAGAGGGAGAGAGCGAGCGCAUGCGAGAGCGAGAGAGAGAUGUUGAAGGAUUUUUUUUCUUGUCCGCAUCAGCAGCACUGCAGAGGAGGCGAAUAGACUACUGGGGGAGAGAGAGAGAGCAAGAAGAGCGUGAGAGAGAGAGAGAAAGAGAGAAAGGGACAGGGAUCCGUUGCAUUACCAGUAAAGCGGCACGGUCGGCUGCUUCCUCUCCCCUGCACGGCCGCACGCACACACACACACACACACACACACACACACACGCUCGCACGCCCUCGGCCACGGAACGGGAGAGACCCGCUCCCCCCAAACCCCCAGCGGCCCCGCGGGCAGCCCGACGCUGAGGCGGCAAGAGCGACCGAUUCCCCGCUUCCGCGAUCCGCGCGCUCCGGUCCUCCCGCCGUCCGCAGUGCCUGACGAGAGAGAGAGGGGGAGAGAGAGAGAGGGAGAGAGAGCGAGCGAGAGAGGGGGAGAGAGAGAGAGGGGGGGAUACGGCGCGUCUGUAGUUUUUUUUUCACCGCUCAUUUUUUUCGCGAUGGCGAAUAGCGCACAGCCGCGGUACGCCCGCGCCGCUCUCAGCCCGGACCUGUCAGCGCGGCGGCGGCAGCGCUAGCCCCAGCCGGGACACGGACGCCUUCGUGCGCCGACCGACGGGACGCACAGGUGGACGCGCCGGGGGGAGGGGGCAGGAGAGGAGAGGAGAGGAGGUGGAGGGAUUCUCUGGGAAGAGGAAUUACCAAAGAGGAACAAGGGAGGGAGUACGCAACGGGUGAACACCUGGACGUAACGGUUUAUCGAGCUUAAGAACAAACAUAAAUGAAUCGAAGCGGUUUCGUUUUUUUCUCCAGGACAAGAAAGGAAUAGAGGAGACGUCGCUGACUGCCUGCUGUGGUGCUUUUCUGCUCCGUAGAUUGGGCGAGCAAAGAGAGGCAGGACAGGGAAUAACAGAGAGGGAGAGAGAGAGGGAUUGAGAGGUGGAGAGAGAGGGAUUGAGCAGUGUAGAGAAAGAGAGGGAGAGAGAGAGAGAGAGAGGGAGUACAGCUGGACCCCUGCGGCGGGCACGGACCGGGUGAGGAGGUGGCGGGGCGGUGGGUGAGCCGCCGCUCUCUGGCACGCGCGGGACAGUUCGGGAGGACUCGGGGACGGGCACGGCGGCGGGACCAUGGCGCAAGCCGCCAAGCAGCUCCGCAAGAACAAGGAGCUGGACGCGCUCGCCGCGCAGGAGCAGCGCGAGAAGGAGGAGGAGAAGAACAAGAAGAGAAACCGCUCCAGAGACCGCAGACGCAAGGCUGACGCGGUGCAGCGCUGGCUUGUCCAUCAGGACAGCAGCGCGGGCUCUGAGGGCCGGGCGGCCAGGGGAGUGUGGCGCUUUGAGGACAGAGCCGACACUGCGACCAGUUUCCUCCGGGCCGCCCGCUCGGGGAACGUGGAGAGGGCCUUGGACCACAUCAAGAAUGGGAUCGACAUCAAUACGGCCAAUCAGAAUGGGCUGAAUGGCCUGCACCUGGCCUCUAAAGAGGGACACGUGAAGAUGGUUCUAGAACUUCUGCACAAAGGCAUCACCCUGGAAACGACCACCAAGAAGGGAAACACGGCGCUCCACAUCGCUGCUCUCGCUGGGCAGGAGAAGGUGGUCGCUGAGCUGGUCCACUAUGGAGCCAACGUCAAUGCACAGUCCCAGAAGGGAUUCAGUCCGCUCUACAUGGCAGCCCAAGAGAACCACUUAGAGGUUGUCAAGUUCCUGCUGGAAAACGGAGCCAAUCAGAGCCUUCCAACGGAGGACGGCUUCACGCCCCUGGCGGUGGCCCUGCAGCAGGGCCACGAGAACGUGGUGGCGCUGCUCAUAAACUACGGGACCAAGGGCAAGGUGCGCCUGCCCGCCCUGCACAUCGCGGCGCGGAAUGAUGACACGCGCACCGCCGCCGUGCUGCUGCAGAACGACCCCAACCCCGACGUCCUCAGCAAGACUGGCUUUACCCCCCUGCACAUAGCCGCUCACUAUGAGAACCUCAGUGUAGCCCAGCUGCUGCUGAACAGAGGAGCCAACGUCAACUUCACCCCCAAGAACGGCAUUACUCCAGUGCACAUAGCAUCCAGACGGGGGAACGUGAUCAUGGUGCGGCUGCUUCUGGACAGAGGAGCGCAGAUAGACGCCAAGACCAAGGAUGAGCUGACCCCCCUACACUGUGCAGCCAGGAACGGGCACGUCCGGGUCAUCGAGAUCCUGCUGGACCAAGGGGCCCCCAUCCAGGCCAAGACCAAGAACGGCCUGUCUCCCAUACACAUGGCGGCUCAGGGAGAUCACAUGGACUGCGUGCGGCAGCUCCUGCAGUACAACGCGGAGAUCGAUGACAUCACGCUGGAUCACCUGACCCCCCUGCACGUGGCGGCCCACUGCGGCCACCACCGCAUGGCCAAAGUGCUGCUGGACAAGGGGGCCAAGGCCAACGCCCGGGCCCUGAAUGGGUUCACACCGCUGCACAUCGCCUGUAAGAAGAACCACAUGCGCUCAAUGGACCUGCUGCUGAAACACUCUGCCUCCCUGGAGGCGGUGACUGAGUCCGGUCUGACCCCCCUCCACGUGGCGGCCUUCAUGGGGCACCUGAACAUAGUGAAGAGCCUGCUGCAGCGGGGGGCCUCCCCCAACGCCUCCAACGUGAAAGUGGAGACCCCCCUCCACAUGGCCUCUCGGGCAGGGCACUGCGAGGUGGCGCAGUUCCUGCUGCAGAACAAGGCGCACGUGGAUGCCAAAGCCAAGGACGAUCAGACCCCUCUGCACUGUGCGGCCCGCAUGGGUCACAAGGAGCUGGUGAAGCUGCUGCUGGAGCACAAGGCCAACCCCAACUCCACCACCACGGCCGGCCACACCCCCCUGCACAUCUCCGCCCGGGAGGGCCACGCCCCCACCACCCGCAUCCUGCUGGACGGGGAGGCCCAGCUCACCAAGAUGACCAAGAAGGGAUUCACGCCCCUCCACGUAGCGUCCAAGUACGGCAAGGUGGACGUAGCGGAGAUGCUCCUGGAGCGGGGCGCUAACCCCAACGCGGCGGGCAAGAAUGGACUGACUCCUCUGCACGUGGCUGUCCAUCACAACAACCUCGACGUGGUGAAGCUGCUGCUCAGCAAGGGAAGCUCAUCGCACAGCACUGCCCGAAACGGCUACACCCCCCUGCACAUCGCCUCCAAGCAGAACCAGCUGGAGGUGGCCAGCAGCCUGCUGCAGCACGGGGCGUCGGCCAACGCAGAGUCCCUGCAGGGGGUCACCCCCCUGCACCUGGCCGCCCAGGAGGGGCGCGCCGACAUGGUCUCCCUGCUCAUCUCCAAGCAGGCCAACGUCAACCUGGGCAACAAGAACGGACUGACGCCCCUGCACCUGGUGGCACAGGAGGGGCACGUGGGCAUCGCCGACAACCUGGUGAAGCAGGGCGCCUCCGUGUACGCCGCCUCGCGGAUGGGCUACACCCCCCUCCAUGUGGCCUGUCACUAUGGCAACAUCAAGAUGGUGAAGUUCCUUUUGCAGCAGCAGGCCCACGUCAACUGUAAGACCAGGGUGGGGUACACCCCCCUCCACCAGGCGGCCCAGCAAGGUCACACGGACAUCGUCACCCUGCUGCUGAAGCACGGAGCUCUGCCUAAUGAGAUCACCACCAGUGGCACGUCUCCCCUGGGCAUCGCCAAGCGCCUGGGGUACAUCUCGGUCAUCGACGUGCUCAAGCUGGUCACCGACGAGACCGUUUCCGUGAUCCCCACAGAGAAGCACAAGAUGAGUUUUCCAGAGACGGUGGAUGAGAUCUUAGAUGUUUCAGAGGAUGAAGGAGUUGCUCCACUUACCAUAGGGGAGGAGCUCCUGGGCAUGGAAGGCGCCAAGUACCUGAAGUUGGAUGACCUGAAGGACCAGGACGACGACUUCCUGUCCCCAAAGAAGACCCUGCGAGACUUUGAGAGUGGGCUCGGCACUACACCUUACUCUCCUGCCAUUCCCAGAAUCCCCUGUGUGUCCCCGGAGACCGUCAUGCUGGAUCAGCACACACCCAUCCCUCUACCCAAGGAGUACGAUGAGGACUCCCUCAUUCCCAGCAGUCCGGCCACCGAGACAUCGGACAACGUCAGCCCUGUGGCCAGUCCCAUCCACACAGGGUUCCUGGUGAGCUUCAUGGUGGACGCGCGGGGCGGGUCGAUGCGGGGCAGCAGACACCACGGGCUGCGUGUGAUCAUCCCGCCGCGCACCUGCGCCGCCCCCACGCGCAUCACCUGCCGCCUCGUCAAGCCCCAGAAGCUGACGACCCCGCCCCCCCUGGUGGAGGGGGAGGGGCUGGCCAGCCGCAUCAUCUCACUGGGGCCUUCCAGCAUGCAGUUCCUAGGGCCGGUGAUAGUGGAGAUUCCCCACUUCGCGGCUCUGGGCCGGGGGGAUCGGGAGCUGGUGGUUCUGCGCAGCGAGAACGGCUCUGUCUGGAAGGAGCACCGCAAUCGCUACGGCGACGAUGUUCUGGAGACCAUCCUCAAUGGCAUGGAUGAGGACCUGGAGAGCCUGGAAGAGCUGGAGAAGAAGCGAAUCCGUCGAAUCAUCUCCACCGACUUCCCCCUCUACUUCGCCGUGGUGUCGCGCGUGCAGCAGGAGAGCGACCUGAUUGGCCCGGAGGGCGGUCAGCUGUCCAGCAAGCUGGUGCCAUUGGUCCAGGCCACCUUCCCGGAGACGGCCGUCACCAAGAGGGUCCGGCUGGGGCUGCAGGCCCAGCCAAUCCCGGACGAGCUCCUGACGCGGCAGCUGGGUAACCAGGCCACGUUCAGCCCGGUGGUGACAGUGGAGCCGCGCAGACGCAAGUUCCACCGGCCCAUCGGCCUGCGCAUCCCCCUGCCCCCCUCCUGGAGGGAGAGCCCCCGGGACUCCGGGGAGGGGGACACCACCAGCCUGCGGCUGCUCUGCAGCGUCAUCGGUGGGACAGCCCCAGCACAGUGGGAGGACAUCACAGGCACCACCAAACUGAUGUACGCCAACAACUGCGCCAACUUUACCACCAACGUCUCCGCGCGGUUCUGGCUGUCGGACUGUCCCCGCACGGCGGAGGCGGUGGCCUUCGCUAACCUGCUGUACAAGGAGCUGAUGGCCGUGCCCUACAUGGCCAAGUUCGUGGUGUUCGCCAAGAUGAACGAGGCGCGGGAGGGCCGCCUGCGCUGCUACUGCAUGACCGACGACAAGAUGGACAAGACGCUGGAGCAGCACGAGAACUUCACGGAGGUGGCCCGCAGCCGCGACAUCGAGGUGAUGGAGGGCAUGGCUCUGCACCUGGAGUGCUCGGGCAACCUGAUGCCCAUGAGGAAGGCUACCCAGCAGCCUCGCUGCUUCAGCUUCCAGGCCUUCAGAGACAACCGGCUGCCCGUGUCCGUCAAGGUCCGUGACAUCAGCAAGGAAGCCACGGGUUUCCUCUCCUUCCUGCGGAAGUGCACGAAGUACGAGGACACUCAGCACGUGCUGUGCAACCUCAACAUCACCAUGCCGCCCUGCAUCAAGGUUUUGGGCAGUGAGGAGCGCAGACGCACCCUCACCCCCUUGGCCCUGAGGGAGAGGUACAGCACUCUGAACGAGCCGGCUUUGGCCUCGCUGAACGCAAUGGAGAGGACAGAAAUAAAGAUAUCUCUGAUAUCCGAACAGCUGGGGUUGAGCUGGGCAGAGCUUGCUCGAGAGCUUCAGUUUAGUGUCGAUGACAUCAACAGGAUUCGGGUGGAGAAUCCCAACUCCCUGCUGGAUCAGAGCUCCGCCCUGCUCAACCUUUGGGCCACCAGGGAGGGCAAGAGAGCCAAGAUGGAGAGUCUGUACGGAGCCCUGAGGAACAUUGACCGCACGGACAUCGUCACCUCGCUGGAAGGUCAGGGGUCGCAGCCGGGGGCGGGGCUCCUGGAGGAGGGGGCCCGGCGGCACGCCGACCGCGAUCACCUGGCCCCCGGCGUGAUCAACGGUUACGGGCUGGUCCAGGAGGAGCUGCUGUCCCCGGCCUCCAUGCAGUACAGCCUGCCCUCCCCGCUGGGGGCGGAGCCCUACUGGCAGGAGGUGUCCAGCCUGGACUGCGCCCCCAUCGCCACCACCGAGGAAGACACGCUCAUGGAGAUGUCCGAGGUGCAGGUGUGGCCCUCGGGGGCCAGCCCGUCCCUGGUGACGGUGGAGGACUCCUCGCUGGAGUGCAGCAACGCCGACGACUCGGAGGGCCCCCUGGGGCCCCCCAGCGGGAGCCUGGGCCGGCCCAGCAGCGGGGCGAGCGGCAUGAGCGGCUCCAUCAUGGAGCUGGAGGAGGAGGACGACGGCGGCGAGGAGGCGGGUCAGAGGUCGGAGGUCAGGGGGGCGGAGGCGGCGGCGGCGGCGGACGGAGCCAGAGGAGGAGGUGGAGGAGGAGGAGAAGGAGGGCGGGGCUCAGAGGAAGGGCUUUCUUUCGUUGCAGGACGGCAGCAGGACCACGCCGAGAUGAGUCACAACACCGAGUCUCGUCCAGACAGGAUCGGAGCCAGCGCCUUCCAGCCGUACCUGCUGGAGCAGACCUGGCAGGCGGCGGACUCCGUGAUGUCAUCAGAGCACGGCGGGGCGGAGGAGGAGCUUCAGCAGCCGGUGCGGGACGCGGGCCACUCCCAGAUGCUGCACGGGCGCGUCCGCGGCACCCUGCCCUUCGAGAAGGGGCUGGCCUUCUCAAACCGGGGGGCGGAGCUACGAGGCUGGGAUCAGGAGCGAUGGAGCGGGCAGGGUGACGAUGGGCACGACCUCCCUGGGGACCAUGAGAGAGAGGAACCGACUGAUGAACACGGACACAGUGUCAGUAAGAAGCCGGAUGCCGUUGUGAAGAAAGUAACUCAGACAGCGAAGAAAGGCAGUCUGAGGAGAGUAAAGCAGUGAGACAGACGGACCCAUGCCUACAGAAUCGGCCAUCCACUGCCAAACCACCGUCACGUGACCGAGGGACCGAGGAGCAAAGGGGCGGAGAAGAAGAGAAGGAAAAAAGAAGAAAAAAAAAAACUAUGAGACAAAAAAACAAAACAAAUCACGCAACCACGGCAACAACAAACCGCUUCCGAAAUAACAACCUGCCCACAGUGAACGCGGGGUGGGGGUGGGGGGGACAAGUCCCGCCCCGUGGAUCCACUCGUAGUUUUGUUACCUUUUUAAAAAAAAAAAAACGAAAAACGGUUAUUAGAUUAGAGGCAUGAAUUUUUUCUUUUUUUUUCUAUAAAACAGACGAAAACAAACAAACAAACAAACAAAAAAAAAAUGCAACAAAAAAGUGCUUCCUGUUCUCUGUAUAAGCAUGCCGAAUUGCUGGUGCAUGUCCUGUCGUAAUCUACUGACUGAAGGGGUGUGCAGACGGGAGGGGGGAUCUUCUGUCUGAAACAAAGCAACAGUCCUGUUUUUUUCUCCCUAAUCAUUCGCGGUAUGUUGGCGUCCCGUUAAUGCCGGAGGGGUGUCUGGGAAGUGUCUGGGUGACACCGCCGUACCCGACUGGCGCGCCGUACGCUACGCUCCAACGCUUGUGAUCCUUUGAGCCGCGGGGCGGUCUUUUUCUCGCCGACCGGUUUCUGACUCUGGGUCGGCUCGGAAAGCGGGGCGAGGAGUGGGGGGGGGGGGGCGGGGGCUGAGGCUGACUGCACAGGUGCAUGUUGGGAUUGUGUACGAGGGUGAUUGUGUUUGAGCCCAUCUCCUAGGAAGUGGGCGGGCCUUUGGAGAGGGCAUGUGCAGCGUAUAACAGAUUCUAACAAGAUGGUCAGCUCAGUAUUCCUAUAAUUCAAAGUUCUGCCUCUGACUUGAAAAGUUCCAGUUUGAUUCCUCAUGAAUAUUCACGAAGGCCAUGGCCAAGGACAGUACUGGCGUGGGAGCAAAGUCUGACUUUGACUUCAUGAAUAUUCAGAAGAAACAGUGAUGUAGCAUUUUGAACUACUGUUACCAACUGGUACAGGAAUUGGCCAUCUGUUUGCUGUAGCAAUCAGCGAAUCACUUUGCUGGAGGAGUUGAGUGUCUGCUAGAGAAGACCAACCAUCUACAUCCCCUUCUACACCUCUUGUAACUCAAUUACACAAUGGUAGCACCAUAUGCUUUUUCUCCUCGUUCCCUUCUGUGCAGUUCCAGGCCUCCUCAUUCCCGUCUGCGCAGUUGUAGCCCCCUCAUUCCCAUCUGCGCAGUUGUAGCCCCCCUCAUUCCUGUCUGCGCAGUUGUAGCCCCCCUCAUUCCCAUCUGCGCAGUUGUAGCCCCCCUCAUUCCCAUCUGCGCAGUUGUAGCCCCCCUCAUUCCCAUCUGCGCAGUUGUAGCCACCCUCAUUGCCAUCUGCGUAGCCCCCCUCAUUUCUGUCUGCGCAGCCACCCUCAUUCCUGUCUGCGCAGCCACCCUCAUUCCUGUCUGCGCAGUUGUGGUCCCCCUCAUUCCCGUCUGCACAGUUGUAGCCUUCCUCAUUCCCGUCUGCGCAGUUCCAGGCCUCCUCAUUCUCGUCUGGGCAGUUGUAGCCCCCCUCAUUCCUGUCUGCGCAGUUCCAGACCUCCUCAUUCCUGUCUGCGCAGUUGUAGCCCUCCUCAUUCCCAUCUGCGCAGCUGUAGCCCUCGGUUGCUCCCAUUGCACAACCAUAUGUCAAAUGUUCAGCUUCACUGUUCCCGCUAACCUGGCAACCCUAUUCUCUCAGCUCAGGAGUGUGGCUAACAGCCAGCACUGUGACAACCCACUGUAAGACUGACCCCAUUACUGUGAAAUAAACACACACCUUCUCACACUCCCUGCGGCCUGCUCUCAACACACACAUGCACACAUAGACACGUAUACACAUACGCACAGUCACGGCCGUACCCGAACGUCCACGCGCUCGCUCACUCACGCGCUCAAAUUCACACGUCAAGACAGGCACCCCUCGUAGAACGCUCGCGUUGAUUUCAGAGUUCCGUGACCCACGAUGCCCCUGAUGUUUUUUUUUUUUUUUGCCGUCAGUUUUUACGAAAGAACCGCAAAAACAUUCAGGUGGACUGCAAUUAUAAAUCCACUCUGUGAACGUGUGUGCAUACGUGUGUGCAUGUCUGUGCGUAUGAAUUGGUCUUUCAGUUGUCUUUCGCCAAAACGCAAGUGUGUAAUCCUGACAAUAUGCUCAUGUAUUACUUAAUCAGGUUGUCACUUCUGUACUAUCGAUAUUGUUUUAAGCCUUAAUGUCUUGUAUUUCUGAAAAACAGUGAAAUGUUUAGUCUCUCGUGUUGGGCCAUCAGGUUUUUUUUAGCAGCAGUGAACUCACGUCUUCCCAUUUAAAUCUCAUUGCCCUCCACAUAAUGGAUUGUACUGACUCGGUUAAACAUUGGUGGAUAAACCAGUACAUAUGGGUAGACUGGGGGGAGCUCAGUGCUUUCUCAGUAUUCCCAGGCAGUGAGUUUGAGAGCAGUUCUGUAUUACUGUGCAGCUCAGUGGUCAGAGAGGUGCAAAGUGCAGGAACCUGUGUGUGUGUGUGUGUGUGUGUUUGCGUGUGCACGCGUGUGUGCGUGUGUGCGUGUGUGCUGCUGACAUUGUCUCCAGCCACAGCAGCAUUAGUGGUGUCCAGACCAUACUUGAAAUAAUGUUUCAAUGUCGUCCUCUGGUGGCCGCCUGGUGUAGCAUAUCUACUGUGCUGCAAUUAUAUAAAUGCAACAGCUUGGGGACAGGAGGUCUGAGUACAACCUGUCCUCAAGAAAUUACCUAAGAAAACCGCAGUAUUAAAUCCUAUGACUCUGAUUGAAGUAUUUUCAGAUGUAUUGUACAUUUUAAGAUAUGGCACAUAGAGAUGUACUAUAUGAAUGUUGCACAAGAAUAUAUAUAUUCACAGAUGAUCAUAUGAAUAUAUUCUUUAAAAAGUGAUGUCAUACCGACGGGUGCAAAGAAAUGUCAUUUAUUUGUUGUUAGUGUACAUGCGCUGAAUGUCCGAAUGAGGGACUGAGAGGGUGACCAUGAAUGUAGAGUGCGUUCCUCCUCUGGGCGGGCGGCGCAGGGAGGAGGGGGGUGUCGCUGGGGGUUCGGUCGCAGGGUGUGGCUUUGUUGGGGUGCUGGGAGCUGGAGUUCUAAAAACACACUGGGGGAGCCCACUCAUUCACACACGCUGUCUGUCAUCACGCCACGCUCCGAGUUUAUUUCAGACACCGCUGCUCAGGGCAAACGAGAGUGUUCGCGGGAGCCCAGCCGAGCGGAGAGCUGAGCUCUCCACGCGCAGCGUUUUGAGUGGGUGGUGCUAGGCGGGGUGCGGAGGCUGGAGGGCAGGGGAGGUUAGGAUUCGGUGGGCGGCGGUGAUCGUGCGUUUCAUGCGAAGGCAGCGGGCGAGCGCGAGGCUAGCCGGAGCUCUCCGACGGCUGGGCUGCAUUACGGCUCUCUGAUCUACGUCAAAACUGAGCACUUCAUUUCAUUUGCAGAGUUGUACAGAAAAAAAGGGGCUGGGUCUUGCUUGUCCUGGUGUUGCAGUUUGCUCUCGAAUCCAACUAAGGAAUCGAGACCGCACAGUGUAAUAAGCUGAGGGGUAAAUUAGUCAGCAAAGACAGAGGUGGGUAGGGGUGGGUGGGAAUCAAUGGUUUCUCCACGUUUUAAAAGUGCACAAGUACACUAAAAAUAAAGGACAUCAAACAUAAGAUACAUGAAAAAAAAUGUUCAUAGAGAAUAUUAACUGUUGCAAAAACUAGAGAUGACCUAUACUCCUUUAGAAUGGAUUAAUGACAUUAUUAACGCAAUAUCAUAUUACUAUAUACUAAGGAAUGCAACUGCGCACAUGCACAGAAAAAUGUUUGUAAUAUAAAUAUAUGUAUAAAUAUAUGAAAAAAAAUCUAUUUAAUUAGAAUGCUAUGCACCCUUAUAGUUAUGUUAUGGAUGUACUUUUAGCAUCUUAGUUAGAAAAUAUGGAAAUGCCCUCAACAUGGGAAACAUACAGGCUGUGUUGGUAUUUUAACUUCUUUUUUUAUUGUUCUGGAGAGAGAAAAAAGAAAUAUAUAUAUACAAGCCUUUUCAUCAGAGUCAGUCUGACAUGAAGAUAUGUAUAAAUCAUUUACCCUGUACACCAGCUCAAACCAUUUACAGAAAUUAAUAAAGAAAACGAUGAAAUGUC